AUGCAUAAGCUGGUUUCUUGUCUGCUUUUCAUAGGAUGCUUACAACCUCUCUUCUCUCUGCCCAUCCCUGACUCCAGGGAAGAGGCUCUGAAGCUCUCAGCACCUGAUGGAGACGCAAGAUCAACCUUGGAUGAACUGGAAAGAGUGUCCCUCCUGCAAAUGCUGGAGACGUUAGGGGCAGAGAGAGGCGACAGUCUUAGGAAAGCAGGUCUUGGUACUGGCACUGCUAACCCGCGAGGAGGUAUGAGACAGUUUCAAGCUUUCUUUGGACAAGAUCCUAACAUUUUCCUGAGUCAUCUUUUGGCCAGAAUCAGGAAGCAAUAUAAGAAACGUGGAUCUCCCUCUGAAUGCUUCUGGAAAUACUGUGUCUGA